AUGUUGUGCGUCCGAGGCCUGCGGCUUGCUGGCUGCCUGGCUCUGGCUGCCCUGGUUAGCCUGGUACACAGUCAGCAUGUGUUCCUGGCCCCUCAGCAAGCCCUGUCGCUGCUCCAGCGUGUCCGGAGAGCCAACAGCGGCUACCUGGAGGAGCUAAGGAAGGGCAACUUGGAGCGGGAGUGUGUGGAGGAGCAGUGCAGCUAUGAGGAGGCCUUCGAGGCCCUGGAGUCUCCCAGCGCCACGGAUGAAUUCUGGGCCAAGUACAGUGUUUGUGAUUCAGUGAGGAAAACUCGAGACACUUUCAUGGACUGUCUGAAAGGUCGCUGUGCUAUGGAUCUGGGGACAAACUACAUUGGGACUGUGAAUGUCACCUACUCUGGGAUUGAGUGCCAGUUAUGGCGGAGCCGCUACCCACACAAGCCUGACAUUAACUUCACCACGCAUCCUGGGGCCAACCUGCAGGAGAAUUUCUGCCGCAAUCCGGAUAGCAGCACCCAGGGACCCUGGUGCUACACCACAGACCCCACCGUGCGGAGAGAAGAAUGUAGUGUUCCUGUCUGCGGCCAGGAGGGCCGUACAACUGUGGAGAUGGUUCCCCGCUCCGGAGGUUCCAAGGGGAACCUGCCACCUCCACUGGAGCAAUGCGUCACUGAGCGCGGCCGGCUGUACCAGGGGAAUUUGGCUGUGACAACACUUGGGUCCCCCUGCCUGGCCUGGGCCAGCUCACCAGCCAAGGGCCUGAGCAAGUUCCAGGACUUCGACCCGGAGGUGAAACUCGUGGAAAACUUCUGCCGCAACCCUGAUGGGGAUGAGGAGGGCGUGUGGUGCUACGUUGCCGGGCAGCCUGGCGACUUUGAAUACUGCAGCCUCAACUACUGUGAGGAGGCGGUGGGAGAGGAGAUCCAGGAAGAGGAGGAGUCCAUCGGGGGGCGCACCACGGAUGCGGAGUUCCACACCUUCUUCGAUGAGAAGACCUUCGGCUUGGGCGAGGCAGACUGUGGCCUUCGGCCUCUGUUCGAGAAGAAGUCGCAGAAAGACAAAACAGAAAAGGAACUUCUUGACUCUUACAUAGAUGGGCGCAUCGUGGAGGGCUGGGACGCUGAGAUGGGUAUCGCCCCCUGGCAGGUGAUGCUCUUCCGGAAGAGUCCCCAAGAACUGCUGUGUGGGGCCAGCCUUAUCAGUGACCGGUGGGUCCUCACUGCUGCCCACUGCCUUCUGUACCCACCCUGGGACAAGAACUUCACCGAGAAUGACCUUCUGGUACGCAUUGGCAAGCAUUCCCGCACCAGGUAUGAGCGGAACAUAGAAAAGAUCUCCAUGCUGGAAAAGAUCUACAUCCACCCCAGAUACAACUGGCGGGAGAACUUGGACCGUGACAUCGCUCUGCUGAAGCUCAAGAAACCCGUACCGUUUAGUGACUAUAUUCACCCUGUGUGCCUGCCAGACAAGCAGACAGCAGCCAGUUUGCUCCAGGCUGGGUAUAAAGGGCGGGUGACAGGCUGGGGCAACCUUCGGGAGACUUGGACAACCAGCAUCAGCGAGAUUCAGCCCAGCGUCCUGCAGGUGGUAAACCUGCCCAUUGUCGAGCGGCCCGUGUGCAAGGCCUCCACCCGGAUCCGCAUCACUGACAACAUGUUCUGUGCCGGUUUCAAAGUGAAUGACACCAAGAGAGGAGAUGCUUGUGAAGGUGACAGCGGAGGACCUUUUGUCAUGAAAAGCCCCUAUAACAACCGCUGGUAUCAAAUGGGCAUUGUCUCAUGGGGUGAAGGCUGUGACCGGAAUGGGAAAUACGGUUUCUACACACACGUGUUCCGCCUGAAAAAGUGGAUACAGAAAGUCAUUGAUCGAUUUGGGUAGACGUGGGGGGGGGGGUACCCACAAUAUGGGAUC